UUUUACUACUAAAUAUAGUCUGCGUAAGGCAGAGCAGCAUUUUCGAAAAAGACGCUGCGAGUGCGAAUAAUCCAACCAACCUGUUGCAAAAGUUGGCAAUAGUAAGUCAGGUUGGCCAAACUUGGAAAACGAAAAAAAGCUCAACACUACCCUUUACCAGGAACUUACUCUCUAUGUUCAUAGUUUUCGCGAAAAAAAAACUUAAAAAAUCAUUGUUUUCAUUUACCAAUUUGUGAUAAAAGUCAAUUAUUAUCGUUCAUAAGCUGUGUAGUAUUUGCAGUAUCGUAAUUUCGUUAAAAUAUCAUAAAGCUGCAACGAUGUCUAUAACCAAAGUUCCGUUGAAAGAUCAAUUGAAAUUAUAUCCUGACAUCGAUCAAAAGGCAAUCGACCAAUUAAAGGAAUGGAACGACCAAAUAACUCACAUACCAAAAUUGAUAGACAGCGAUCUGACGCUAUUCUAUAUCAGCAACUCUUAUGAUCUCGAAGCAACGAAGAGGAACAUUGAAAAUUACUUUGUCAUGAGAUACUACCUGCCUGAAUUUUUCUCCAACCGGAAAAACAUCCCAAUGAAUGUUGUGCAGCAAGUUUUCAAUGCUACAUUUAUGGUUCACCUCCCGAAGCGCACCAAAGAUAACAAAAAAGUGAUAAUGGAGAGACUAAUAAUGGAAGCUGAUCCAAGCAAAGGUGACUUUGACACAACCGUCAAUGUCUUCAAUAUGGUCUUAGAUGCAGGCAUCUACGACGAUGGUCCGGAUAACAAGUACGUCUUCGUGUUUGAUCUCAACGGCGCGACUAUUGCACACAAAGGAGCUCUGGACUGGAACAAGCUGAAAGGAAUUUACGCGUACUAUCAUAGAGGUGCACCGCUGAGAUGGUUUGGAGCUCAUUUCAUCAAUACCGGUCCUGCUAACAAAGAAUUUGAGAAGUUCGUCAAAGUUGGAAUCGCUGACAAUCAGUUGUCAGACGUGAUAACUUUUCAUUCUAACAUUGAAAGUUUAAUGGCAGCAACAGGAAUUGAGCUUUCGAUGUUACCAAACGAAAUGGGUGGCAAGGGCGGUGCCUCCGCAGACAUUCAGAAACAACAGUAUCAGUUGCUCGAUUCUCAUCGCAACUUCUUCGAUGCCAUGGACUCUUAUGCUGUCAAGUACAAAGAAGCGGUGAAAACUGAAGAGAAAUUACCGAGUUUCGGGGCUACUUUUGGCCACGAGAAAGCCUAAGCGGUAUAUAUAUAAUGUUCAGUAUUUUUAGUUAAGUUUUUUCCUUUCUUAAAUUUUUAUAAGCUUUUUAUAAUUAUUAGUUUUCGUGUAUAUUUGAUAUAAGAAACUGCGUUUUGAUUUAGCUUUAUAUCAGUUAAUGGUAAUGUUAGCAGGAGAAAUGAAUAAAAAAACUAA